AUGGCGGACGACAAAUCACGUGUAGUGAAGUGUCCUUUCUGCGAGUUCGACGAUUACGACUCCAACAUUCUCAUUCAGCACAUCGAUUUAUGCCACCCCGAAGACCGGUCCACAGCAGCAUGGCCAAUGACCCAACGUGAUACAGCUUCUCAACAAGAUCUAGACACCAGAAUUAUCGCAGAUGAAUACGUGCAUUGUCCCCACGGUUGCGGCGAAGUUGUCGCCCACGCUGAGCUACCACUUCACCUAGACCUACAUCUUGCAGAGUCUCUAGCACUCGAUGACUCUGGGGACUACCAUACAGGCAAACCUCACGAGUACACCGAGGGCCCUCUUUACAAUAAAUCCAUUGUGUUCCACGAUGAUUCCUCAAACCUUCCCUCCAGCGAGGAGGGCAAAGAGAGGCCCUCUGAAGCCGUCCCCUCGAAAGGGAAACAAAUAAUGAAAUUCAUUCGCAAGAGGAAACACUCCAAAUCAACAGAUUCCACUGACAGAGAAACAAAAAGACUCGGACGUGCAGAAUUAGGUCCUUAUGCUCAUGAGAAACAGAUGCCCUCAUGGCUGCAAAAACUACUUCAAAGUGGAGCAAAUGCCAGUCAUUUGAACGAGAUCGGCACGAGCGGUACACUUGUCAAAAAGAUAACCGCUGAAAAUGAAUCUCUGCACGUUAUUCCAGUGCUGAUGAAACUCUGUCGGCACGACAAAGAUGUUGAACGAGCUUUCUUCUGCAGUUCGAGCGUUCGUCACGUCUUCAAAAUGCGCAGGGAAGGUGGCUUUUGUGGUUACAGGAAUAUACAGAUGCUCGUCUCACAUAUCAAAGACGCCCAGCGACCUAGACAUGAGCGAUUUCCGGGCAGCGGCCUCCCCUCCAUUCUGCAGCUCCAGGACAUGAUUGAGCAGGCAUGGGAUAUGGGGUUCAACAGUACAGGUAGGGUUGAGACGGGUGGGAUCAAAGGGACAAGAAAGUAUAUCGGGACACCCGAGGCGCAGGCCCUUUUUUCAAGUCUCGGAAUCGAAUGCGACACUGGUUCCUUUAGCGCACGCGAAGGCUUUCGUGCUCAUGAUAUCUUGCUACAAGAUGUAGCAAACUAUUUUCGAUCCGGAUGCGCUCUCGACAGCGAGGAGAAGAUCCUCCAGACUGACCUCGCACCCAUCUACUUUCAGCACCGAGGACACUCCAUGACCAUUAUUGGCUUUGAGAUUAGCAAAAAGGGCACCGCCAACCUUUUGGUUUUCGAUCCAAUGUUCAAAACGUCGCCCGCAAUACGACGGCUGGUUCAACACUAUGCGACGCCUUCUGACCCUGGACGCAUAUUAAAAGCUCAUCGGAGGGGUAUUUCGUAUCUGCAGAAAUACAAGGAUUUCGAGGUCUUGAAGCUAAGCACCCCCUCCACGAUGCGCACCUCUCCAAACAUUAUAAUCACCGGCACCCCGGGCGUGGGCAAAACUGUUCAUAGCGAGCAAGUCGCGCAAGAUACAGGAUUAAGGAAUUUCCCGAUCAAUAAGAUUGCCAAGGAGCGAGACUGCCACGACGGUUACGACGACGAGCGACAGAGCUGGAUCAUCGAUGAAGACAAGUUGUUAGAUGCUAUCGAGGACGACGUGCUCAAGGGUGGAUGUAUCAUUGACUGGCACGCAUGCGAUUUAUUCCCCAAGUCAUGGAUCGAUCUAGUGGUGGUUUUGCGCUGUCCUUCUACGUCUGUGUUUUACGAUCGUUUAUCGUCGAGAGGAUACCCCGAACAAAAACUAAACGAAAACUUGGACGCGGAAAUAUUCGGCCUGCUACUCGAAGAGGCAAAGGAAGCAUAUGACGAAGAGAUCGUCAUUGAGCUGACGAGCGAGAAUGCCGAUGAAAUAGACAGCAAUUGUGCCAGGAUCGCCGCCUGGGUCGAGUCUUGGAAGAAAUCGCAUGCCGAGUCCACAGAUUCGUAA